AUGGCCGUGGCAGGUUGCCGCUCCCUUGGCGACAAGACCUAUCGGCAUCCGGAGUACAUGACGCGCUUCUUCCACUCCGGACAGCUCGUAGUUGGUAGCAGCUUUCAUCGGGGAAUGCAUGCAAAGACCGAGCCUCGCAACAGCACGACCGUCCACAUUGAGCUGGACCACAGGCCUCCCAUGAAGUCGUACAAAGAGAAGCGCCGCGAACUGGCGCAGCAGGAGGCGGAGGGUGAGGUGGAGCAGCUCACUUUGAAAUGGGAGGCAGACACCCUCAAGGAGUGCGACGAGAGAUACGAGGAGCCGCUGGAUUCGGAUGACGAGCCUGUUGGCGAAGAAGGAGCCUAG